GUUAGGUCUCGUCGUUGAUAAGCCACAGAAACUUAGAUUAGGGACAGAAGCUUCUGAUAAACUCAACCACCAACCCUGAGGGUGACCAGUUCCUAGAGCUAUAGAACAUCGGUUUGCAUACUACCGACGCGUUAGAGCUUGCGUCAAAAUGUCUCCGAUUAAGAGCGUGGCUGUCAUUGGCACGGGGCCUGCGGGCGCCAUUGCCGUGGACGCCCUGAUGCAGGAGAAAGCAUUUGACCGGGUGCGCGUAUUCGAGAGACAGGAAAAAGCCGGUGGGUGCUGGGUUUCGCGGGACGAGAAACAGGUGCCUUUGGAUGUCGAUAAGCUAUCCACAAGGACAGCGGAUGCUCCUCUCCCAAUUCCGUCCGAUUUGCCUGCGUUCACACCAGCAUUGACUCAGCAUCGCUUUACUGACUCCCAUAUCUACCCGAAUCUGCACACCAAUGUGGAUGUUGCGACCAUGGAGUAUUCCCAAGAGUCAAUCCCGACAAUCCGCUCAGAGAUGUCAAUCGCGGUGCAUGGGCCAGACACCCCUUUCCGUCACCACACCGUGAUUCGGCAGUAUGUUGAGGAUCUUCUGAACCGCAAUGGUUAUCAAGAUCUUGUAGAAUACAACACGACCGUGGAACGUGCGGUUAAAGACCCCAAGACCGGUCAAUGGGAAUUGGUCUUGCGGCGGGCUGGCAAGCCGGGUGGGUAUGACUACUGGUGGAGUGAGACGUUUGAUGCACUGGUGGUUGCCUCGGGGCACUUUUCUGUGCCUUACGUCCCCUCUAUCCCCGGCCUGAAAGAAUGGAUCGACAAAGACCCAGAGAGCGUGUUGCACACGAAGCAGUAUCGUGGUCCCGAACGCUAUCGCGGAAAGAAAGUCAUCACCGUUGGAGCUUCUGUGUCUGCGGCAGAUACAGCAGUCAGCCUGAUCGGCUCUGCGCAAUCCCCCAUCCACGCUGUGGUCCGGGGUCGGUAUAAUCCUUAUUUUGGGGAUUACGCGUUUAGACACCCGUCAAUCAAUCGCAAACCACCCAUUUCGCGCGUUUCCAGUGACAACGGGCAGAGGACGGUGUACUUCGAAGAUGGGACCUCAGUCUCGGGUGUGGACUAUAUCAUCUUCGGAACGGGCUUCACCUGGGCAUUGCCCUACCUGCCGGAGAUUCCGACCAGAAAUAACCGAAUUCCCGAUCUAUACCUGCACGUCUUCCACCAGAAUGAUCCAACUCUGGCAUUCUUGGGAGCGGUUGGCGCCGGAUUGACUUUUAAGAUCUUCGAAUGGCAGGCAGUGGCUGCGGCGCGGGUCCUGGCUGGCAAGGCCCAAUUGCCACCCUUGGAGGAGCAGCAGAAAUGGGAACAAGAUCGGAUUGCAAAGAAGGGUGAUGGGCCUGCGUUCAGCGUCAUCAACCCGGACUUCCGGGAAUACUUCGAGACCUUGCGCCAAUUGGCGGGCAACCCCAAGACAGGCGAGCCGGGGCGUGUUCUACCUCCCUUUGAACAGGAGUGGCUAGAUCUGUUCAAUGCUGGGCAUGAGCGCCGGAUUCGGAUGUGGCAAAAGGCCAACGAGGCGGCGGCGAAGACCAGCUCACGCAGAAUGCUCAUCUCUGGAUCAUCGGCGGCCCUUUGGGCACUGACCUUGCCAUUUGCGGCAGCCAAGUCGUUAUGGUCUGAUUCCCCGGGAGAUUACAGUAGCUUCAUAAGCACUGCAUUUCCGCUAGGAAAUGGACGGUUGGGAGGAGGAAAUCCAAACGUUUCCAAGGCAGGUGCACUUCCUGGCAUCAGGGAAUGGAUAUUCCAGAAUGGGACAGGCAAUGUCUCUGCGCUGCUGGGCGAGUAUCCGUACUACGGUUCGUAUCAGGUGUUGGCAAACUUGACCAUCGACAUGGGCCAAUUGAGUGAUGUUGAUGGAUACCGUCGGAAUUUGGACCUGAGUUCGGCUGUUUACUCGGAUCAUUUCAGCACCGCCGAGACUUACAUCGAAAGGGAAGCGUUCUGCUCGUAUCCAGAUAAUGUUUGCGUUUACAAACUCAGCUCGAAUUCAUCACUGCCUGGUAUUACAUUUGGCCUCGAGAAUCAGCUCACCUCGCCUGCCCCGAAUGUCAGCUGCCAUGGGAAUAGCAUCAGCCUAUAUGGUCAGACAUAUCCCGUUAUCGGGAUGAUUUACAACGCCAGGGUGACUGUUGUCGUUCCCGGGUCAAGCAAUACAUCUGAUCUCUGCUCCUCAUCAACCAUUAAAGUACCAGAGGGCGAAAAGGAGGUGUUCCUUGUAUUUGCUGCUGACACCAAUUAUGAUGCCUCCAACGGGAAUUCAGAAGCUGGCUUUUCGUUCAAAGGGGUAAACCCGUACACGAAAGUACUCCAAGCUGCUACCAAUGCUGCCAAAAAGACUUACUCUGCACUCAAGUCAUCUCACGUCAAAGAUUACCAAGGCGUCUUCAAUGAGUUCACACUAACCCUCCCAGAUCCCAAUGGCUCAGCCGACCGUCCAACUACCGAGCUUCUGUCGUCUUACAGCCAGCCCGGGGAUCCCUACGUGGAGAAUUUGCUCUUCGACUACGGUCGGUACCUUUUCAUAUCAAGCUCGCGGCCAGGGUCUCUGCCGCCUAACUUGCAAGGUCUCUGGACAGAAUCCUAUUCUCCGGCCUGGAGCGGGGACUACCAUGCCAACAUCAACCUACAGAUGAACCACUGGGCCGUUGAGCAAACAGGGUUAGGUGAACUGACUGAGCCACUCUGGACAUACAUGGCUGAGACAUGGAUGCCUCGAGGCGCAGAGACAGCAGAGUUGUUGUAUGGCACCUCGGAGGGUUGGGUGACGCACGAUGAGAUGAACACAUUUGGACAUACAGCCAUGAAAGAUGUCGCACAGUGGGCUGACUACCCUGCCACAAAUGCCUGGAUGUCACAUCACGUAUGGGACCACUUCGACUACUCCCAGGACAGUACCUGGUACCGCGAAGAAGGCUAUCCCAUUCUCAAAGGAGCAGCGCAGUUCUGGCUCUCUCAACUUGUAAAAGACGAGUACUUCAAAGACGGCACUCUAGUGGUAAACCCUUGCAACUCACCCGAGCAUGGACCGACAACCUUCGGCUGCACCCACUACCAACAACUAAUCUGGGAAGUCUUCGACCACGUCCUGCAAGGCUGGACCGCCUCCGGCGACCACGACACCUCCUUUAAGAAUGCCAUCACUUCCAAAUUCUCCGCCCUAGACCCAGGCAUCCACAUCGGCUCAUGGGGCCAGAUCCAAGAGUGGAAGCUCGACAUUGACGUCAGAAAUGACACCCACCGCCACCUCUCCAACCUUUACGGCUGGUACCCAGGCUACAUCAUCUCCUCCGUGCAUGGAUCCAACAAAACCAUCACCGACGCCGUCGAAACAACCCUCUACUCCCGCGGCACCGGCGUCGAAGACUCCAACACCGGCUGGGCCAAGGUAUGGCGUAGUGCUUGCUGGGCACUUCUCAAUGUUACAGACGAAGCGUACUCCGAGCUCUCGCUCGCGAUUCAAGAUAACUUCGCAGAUAACGGAUUCGACAUGUACUCCGGAUCACCGCCGUUCCAGAUCGAUGCUAACUUUGGGCUUGUGGGAGCGAUGGUUCAGAUGCUUAUUAGAGAUUUGGACCGUUCCAAUGCGGAUGCCCGUGCUGGUAAGACACAGGCUGUGCUUCUUGGACCGGCGAUUCCGGCUGCGUGGGGAGGUGGGAGUGUUGAUGGACUGCGGUUGCGGGGUGGUGGCGUCGUGAGUUUCAGUUGGGAUGAUAAUGGACUUGUCGAUUCAUGCAAGACGAAUCUUUCUGCGAGGGGGAGCGAUGCCUCUCGCGUGGAGUUCUAUAUUGCGGGUGGUAAGGCGAUUGAUUGUUCGUCAUCGUGA